CAGGAUAUACCCAGAUACAUAUAAUAUAUAUAUGUGUUUGUAUGUGUUUAUAAAACCUAAAUCCUUGAUUGUCAAUUGCUAGGAUUUUCCAUCUAGUGUAUAUGGAGGUAGUUUUUAAUGAUUGAAUUUCAUUUUUAUUUUUGGUGGAUGGAGCCUAAUUUUGCUAAAAGACAUGACAGCUGAUCUUCAGAUAUGGCUUGAUGCCUAUAUUGAAAAACUACUUAAGAAUAAAAUAUAUUCCUGAACAGAGAUCAUGGCCUUUGUUAGAAACUGCUGGGAUAACCUUACACUGCCCUGAAAUGACCUGGGAAAGCCAGAGUCUUAGUCCUGCCACUCGGUGGUGGAUUGAAGCAUUUUGCCCAAAAAAUCUAGGUACUUGAUUUUGUUAACUUUGUUUUUGGAGACUAUAAAUGCAAAAAAAAAAAAAAUUAUAAUGUUAUAAAUAAUCUGCAGUAUUUUCUAGCGUCUGCUAAAAGACAAUUAUUCUUAACAUGAAGUGUAUCUUCAAGAUAAUAGUAGCAAUUACAUCCAUAGAAAAAGGACUUAAUAACCACUACCUUACAAAUCUGGAUAUGAGAACCUUUUGAAAUUUUCUUGACAUGUGCUUGAGUCUCAUUUUCCUUAGAACGUGGUACUGAGUUGAAACCAUAUUCAAAGGCUAGGUCGAUUGAUCCCCUGUAAAAUACACUUGAAGGUUAAGUAACUACAGAGCUCGGCUAAUCCCAUGUAAUCUGCUGUUACUAAAUGGCUGUCUGUAUUCCUGGCACACCAGUUUCUGAAGCUUAGGAUUUGGUUCUUACUUUUUGUUCAAAUAACCUCUAGAAGGAGCGAUGCGUCUUCCCGCAUGUUUGUGCAUUGUCCUUAUUAGCUUUUCGGAGGGAGUGAGCUGUUCGUGUCCUUCGCAGUGCACCUGCGAUGAUCAAGGCAGAAAUGACGGCACGGGAUCCAGGUCGGUUCUAUGUAAUGACAUGGAUAUGAACGAGGUCCCUAUGAACUUCCCCGUGGACACUGUGAAGCUGCGGAUAGAGAAGACUGUGGUCCGCAGAAUCCCCGCAGAGGCCUUCUACUACCUGGUGGAGCUCCAGUACCUUUGGGUGACUUACAAUUCCGUGGCCAGCCUUGAGGCCAGCAGCUUUUACAACCUCAAGCAGCUACAUGAGUUGCGCUUGGAUGGAAAUUCUCUGGCUGCUUUCCCUUGGGCGUCUCUGCUGGACAUGCCCCAUCUGAGGACCCUGGACUUGCACAACAACAGAAUAACCAGUGUGCCAAAUGAGGUGGUCAGGUACCUGAAGAACCUUGCCUACUUGGAUUUAUCGAGCAAUAGGCUGACCACACUACCACCGGAUUUCCUGGAGAGCUGGUCCCACUCACUUACAUCAUCACGGAGCUUGGAACUUACACCACGAAGAAUUGUUCUUGGUCUGCAGGACAACCCUUGGUUCUGUGACUGCCACAUUUCCAAAGUGAUCGAGCUGUCAAAAGUUGCUGACCCUGCUGUAGUGCUGCUUGAUCCUCUAAUGAUUUGUAGCGAUCCUGAGCGCCUGACAGGGAUUUUGUUUCAGCGGGCUGAGCUGGAGCAGUGUCUGAAGCCGUCUGUUAUGACCUCGGCCACCCAGAUCACAUCUGCCCUGGGCAGUAAUGUUCUGCUGCGGUGUGAUGCUACUGGGUACCCUACUCCACAGCUCACAUGGACCAGGUCUGACAGCUCACCAGUUAAUCACACAGUAAUUCAGGAAUCUCCAGGGGAAGGAGUCAGAUGGUCCAUAAUAAGCUUGACAGGCAUUUCUUAUAAGGAUGCUGGGGAUUACAAAUGUAAGGCCAAAAAUUUGGCUGGAAUGUCAGAAGCUGUGGUUACUGUGACAGUGGUUGGUGUUGUCACGACUACUCUAUCAUCAGAUAUCUCUGAAAGAACUAGAGAUCACCCUGAGGAAGAAGUCCAGCCAGGAUCUAGAGCUACGUCCCUACCUGGUUCACGGUCAUCUGCCUGGCCUUCUUCCUUCCCUGCUUCUUCCAUUUUUCUUUCUACUUCUACUUCAUCUCCUCCCUCCGCUGCUUUCUUCUCCUCAUCUGCUUUCCCCUCCUCCAUCAUGUCUUCAGUCACAACUCCAAGCAACAGAAUUUCAACAAGCCCCACCAUCGCCAGCCAGCAGUCACUCCAGCUCCGCCCCGAUGGGAAAAGAAAUUUAAAGGUGGAAGUAGGUAGAAGUAAGCUUCCCUCAGCUAGUGCAAGUAAAAAAGAAGAGUUGGCAUCAGUGAAUCAAAUGACACCAAUGGAAAAGAAUGCCACAGUAGAAAAUCUCAGGAUAGUCCGUGAGACUGAAGAGAGUGUGACUUUGAUGUGGAACACCGUCAAUACCACACACCAGUCUGAGAUGACCGUAUUGUACUCCAAGUACGGUGAGAAAGAGCUGCUGCUGCUGAAUGUAGACUCCAGCAAGAAUCAAGUAACCAUAGAUGGCUUGGAGCCUGGUAGGGAAUACACAGCAUGUGUCUGUCCAAAAGGAGCAUCUCCCCAGAAAGACCAAUGUAUUACGUUUUCUACUGACAGAGUGAAAGAAGACAUCAUGGAAUUCACUGCCAUAUUUAAAAGGUUCAUAUAAACAGACUGCCAAAGCACUACCAUGUUAGAAAUAAUGACUAAAGGAGAAUGUUAUGGACUACUGUGGCAGGUGGCCCCCAAAUUGUAUAAAAGAGGGUUAUCUGUUGAGAAAGGAGACUUGGCCCACCCUGAUGAGGUAAAUUACUGAUGGUCCUCAUAACCAAAAGUCUGCACUUAAUUUUGACCAAAGAGGAGAAGCUAGUUCCUGGUGUGGAGAAGAGAAGGCACUUCUGUCAUCUACAACUUGGUCUUGGCCCAUGAAGUGAGUCCUAAGGAAUGUGUUACUAAUAGUGAAAGAACUAAAAUUGUAAACCAGCUACUUUCUAAAAAUACAUACAUUUGCGGGUAGGCAAAUGAUAUCCGAUGAUAUCACUGCUCUUAUGUUCUUACAAGUAUGCUUUCCUGAGGGGGAGGAAAAGGUUGAUGUAAGCAAGCAGCAUGGAAUUCUGCAUAAUCAACAGCCUGCCAAUGUCACCACCACCAUUGUAGAGAGCAAUCAGAACUGACAUAUAGCCAAUAUAUGUGACAAUUGAAUAUGAUCACACUGUUUUACUUUCAGACAAGAUAUAUUAGACGUUUGUAAAACAUGGGUAAAUGGUGAGGGUGUGUCACCUGGGAGACUAUCACGAAUGAUGUGUUAUCACAUAAAACAUGUUGAGAACUCCAAGCUCAUGGUUUAUGAGGGCUGCCAAAGAAAAUUCUGGACUUUAGAGUCAGACAAGUCCCCUAGAUUUUGGGAAAUUUUUACAAAAAGUUCAAAGACAAAAGAUUUUGACCCAUAGACUUGAGUCUCAAAAAGGGAUUAUGGCUAACAAAGGGAGAUGAUAAAAACCCAAAACCUUUUAGCUGAAUAAUUGUGAAAUAAUUUAAAUAAAACAGACAGGGAAGUUAAACGGCUGUCUACUCAUCUGAAAGUUUAAAUAAUAUAUGUAGAAGGUAUAAAGAAGGAAGAGUGAUCGAGGUGAAGGUAGAAGUGUAGCAAUCUAUUAUGAAAGCACCAUAAACUAAAGGCCCCAAUAAACAGGAUAAAAAAUAUGGUAAAGUUGACCAGAAGGAACUGGAAGGCUUUUAUGUUGUUGUUAAAAAGAAAAAGGAAAUAAGAAGUCUACUGUUUAGAGAUGAUAAGAGAAAGUAUAUCAAAGAAGUAGCAGAAUCAUUCAACUCCUAUUUUUUCUUCUCUUUUCUAAAUGGGUUUUUCAACUGAAUAUGGCGAAGAAACUAACUGAAGUGAAAAUUCUAGCCCAAGGUUGUUAAGCAAUUAGUAAACUAAUUCCAGGAUAUUUUCAAUGAGGCCAGAUAAAUUACCAGGGUGGUAACAAAAUUUUCAGUCAUAAUCUCAGAGCUACUGUUUAGCAGUCUUUGAAAACUCAUGGCAAAUAGGAGAGAGACCACAGACCAUAAGUGACUAACUUUCAUCUUUAUUUUUGAAGAGAAGAAUAGGGUGGGUUCUAGAAAUUAGAGGCAACUUGAUUCAUGCAUGUAGGAUUGACAACAGAUUGUUAAAAGGAUUGAUUCUGAGCAUGCAGAAAUGAAUGUUAUGGUCAUUAGCAGCCAACAAACGUCAACUAAGAAGAAGCUUUAAUAAACCAGUAUGGCUUAUUUUUUUUAUGAGGUUACUAGGCAGACAUCAAAGGACUGCUUAAAAAUCAAAUAGUAGCUAGCUAUGUUAUUUGUCUUGCCUUGGUGGAGUAAUAAGGGUUGCUUCCUCUCAAAAAUGUCUAGUAAUGGCUUUAAAUAACAUGAGAAAGUGUUUGUUAGGAUGCCUUUCCCCCAUUUCCCAUUUUUGUAAAUGACUGGAUGAACACAGACUUCUCAGCUUUGCAGAGGACAUGAAAAUAGACAGGGUAUCUUAUGUUGGUGCUUCUCAAACUUUUCCACAGAAUAUUCUUAAUGGAAGGGGAAAGUAAACAUGUACCUCUGAGAAACCAGGGCAAUUAUCCGAAGUGGCUGCCAAAAGAGAGACAUUUCUCUGAAUUAUUUUGUCUUAAUUAAAAACUAUGUGA